GGACCCGGCCUGCACCACGCGCUGCACGAGGACGGCCACGAGGCGCAGCUGGAGCCGUCGCCUCCGCCUCACCUGGGCGCCCACGGACACGCACACGGACAUGCCCACGCGGGCGGCCUGCACGCUGCGGCGGCGCACCUGCACCCGGGCGCGGGCGGCGGUGGCUCGUCGGUGGGUGAGCACUCAGAUGAGGACGCGCCCAGCUCGGACGACCUGGAGCAGUUCGCCAAGCAGUUCAAACAGCGGCGCAUCAAGCUGGGCUUCACGCAGGCCGACGUGGGCCUGGCGCUGGGCACACUGUACGGUAACGUGUUCUCGCAGACCACCAUCUGCCGCUUCGAGGCCCUGCAGCUGAGCUUCAAGAACAUGUGCAAGCUCAAGCCGCUGCUCAACAAGUGGCUGGAGGAGACCGACUCAUCCAGCGGCAGCCCCACCAACCUGGACAAGAUCGCGGCGCAGGGCCGCAAGCGCAAGAAGCGCACGUCCAUAGAGGUGGGGGUCAAAGGUGCGCUGGAGAGUCACUUUCUCAAGUGUCCCAAGCCCUCGGCGCACGAGAUCACGGGCCUAGCCGACAGCCUGCAGCUGGAGAAGGAGGUGGUGCGCGUCUGGUUCUGCAACCGGCGGCAGAAAGAGAAGCGCAUGACCCCCGCGGCCGGCGCCGGCCACCCGCCCAUGGACGACGUUUACGCUCCCGGCGAGCUGGUCUUGGGCCCACGGGAGGGAUCGUCGUGAGCUCCGCUCAAGAGGAACCCNCCGCCCCCACCGGCCGCGCUGCACCACCAUCACCACCACACACUGCCCGGCUCGGUGCAGUGACCCCGCCGACCGAGCUCCCCGCGGGCGCGCGGCGAGGCGCUGCGCGGCCUGAACUCUUUUUGUUCGGUUGCUUUGGAUUUUACAAAAAGCCCAGAAACUUUCGAACAAAACCAAACACCCGGACGACCCUCUCUGGCGAGCGGCGAAGACGGCCGACAGGCUGCGUCGCCAACCCGGAUAGAGAGGAGCGAAGAUCCGGAACGCGCCAACUCACCCCGGGCAUCCGGCCCGCCGCCUGCUCCCUGCCCCCACCCCCUCGACGACCCCCGCCCUUGCCCCCCCGGGCUGUUCGGGGCCGGAUCCCGGCAGCGGCCUCCCCACAGCGACAGGUAACGCGGUACGGGGUUAGGGAUUCCCCGGGAGAAAGGAAGAAGAGAGGAGGGUUCCCCAACCCCUCUCCCCGGCGCGGACUCCGAGCCUGCGGGUCGAGAGUGGGGACUGUCACUUUAUUCGCUCCCAGCCUCUUCUCUCCCACAAGGAUGCACCCCAUCCCUCUUACCCUUCCUCCGGGCUUGGUUUUUUACGGUUUUUAUUUAUUCGUGGAGCCUUUCGGCUCCUGGGGUCCUUCUAACUUCGCCCGCGCCCUUAAUUUAAAUCGCUGUAUACUGUAUUUAUCGGGGCCCCGGAGGGGAGGCCGCGAGAGCCGCGUCUGUGUAUAAAAGCAGGAAAUAGCCAAAGCUUUAAUCUAGCCUAAUUUAUUUUCCCCUUACCUCCCUCUAUCCUACCCCAAAAAAGCAAAACAAAAAAACAAAAACUAACAAAAAAAUUCGAGUGUUCAUUUUUUGUUUCGUUUUAUCCGAGCCCGAGCUCGAUGCCGGGCCAUGCCGGAGGGGUCUGCGCUCCCGCACACACACGGUUGGGAAAGGGCUCUGUCCCGCUGCAGGCUGACCACUGCACGGCCGGGCCUCCGCUCCCCGUGGGGCCUGCCCUCCUGGCCACUAGCAAACGAAACUUGGAAAAGUUGGAGAUAUUUUUCAACCAGCUGUAGAAAUAAGCCGUUCCCUGAGAACCUUCUUCCUGAUUCCCUGCAGCCUCCGUUUGCUCCCUGUCCAGCCCCUGGGAUGCCGGAUGCUGGGGGAGGUUGGGAAAGAAAUUCCCCAAGUUUGGGGUGAGGUGGGAACCAUGUAAAUAUGUGAGAUAUGUACACACUGGCGGGGAGAAGAAACAUUUUGUGCUUGGUUUUUAUUUUUGGUUUUCCGAGUCGCCCUCCCUCCCCAUCCUCAAGGAUUUUGUACACCAACUAAUCUGAAAAAGAUAUUUUAAUAUGAUUUCCAGAUUUCUGACCCAUCUCUAUUUAUUUUCUGAAUGUGUUUGGAGCUUCCCCCUUCUCCAUUUCUUGUUCUGUUUGUUACAUUUUGGAUUUAAAUUUUGUUAUUUUAUUUUUAUUAUUUUUGGAACAAUGUUUUGGUGCAUUCUCUUUGUAUCUUUAUUGCAAAAAAAAAAUGUAGACUGGGAAGUUCCCUUUAUAUUUAUGUUAUAGUAAAUAUUUUAUUAC